ACCCCCCCCCGCCCCCGUGGGCUUCCGGAUGCAGCUUUCAUCCGCAGCCUGGCACCCCAAGGGGCACAUGGAGUCAUGGAGAGAGCGGCGACCACCGGCCUCUCUAGAAACACUCUAGGCAGUACCACGUGGGGACACGGGUUUUCCUUCCACGCUCUGUUGGGUGAGCCCCUUCCUGCUGAGCACACCCCAGCCUUGUCACCUGGUGUCCCCAGGCUCCCCCUUUGUAGAACCAGCUGUUGCUGUCACAGAGUGAGGCAGACCGGGCCCUGCACACUCCGCUUCGAAGCUGGGGCUCUGCUUGCUGCUCACUAAGUGGUUGGCCAGAGGGCCCCAAGCACCGUGCCCCACCCUUCCCAAGGCCACUGUGCCACCCCACCUGCCGGCCAAGCAGAGCAGUCACUGGGACCCCACCCGCCUGCCUCGCACUGGCUUCUCUGCUGGCAGCCAGGACACCACUGGGUCAGGGAGACGACUUUGUGUUGCUUUUUUGGGCAGCACUGGGGACCGAACCCAGGGCCUGCACUCGGAGCUGCAUCCUCAGUUUUGCUUUUGUAUUUUCUUUUUGAGACAGGGUCUUGCUAAAUUGCCCAGGUUGGGUGUGGACUUUCCAUCCUGCCUCAGCCUCCCGGAGUGUGGGGAUUACAGGCCUGUACUUCCACACCUGACAGGAGCUGACUUAUACAGGAAGCAACCGUGAGUCCCUCCCUCAGGAGAAGCUGUCACUGGGUGCUAACAGCCUGCUCUCGCCAGGCUCCCGAGGUGCUGUGGGAAUUCCACAGGAAGUCACGCCGCCCCUUGGGGUGCAGGGCUGUGCCCCCGUAGGACUGCUCACGAUGAGUGCUCCCAUCUCGGAGAUCCAGUCACGGUUGCCCUGCUGUCGUGGGCCUCAGGAGGAGGCCACGUGGAGAGGGCUGGGACAGCCGGAGGGAUGCGGGCAGUGCCCAGGACUGCACUGCGCCCCUGCCAAAGUCACGGGGCUGAGGGACAGCGGGAGCUGGGGCUGCGUCUGCCCUGUGCUACUGCGGUCUCCACGGGCUGCGCUGGCCCGGGUCAGAGGGCCAAGGUGGAGGCUUGCUGCCAGGCCUGGUGCACACCAUGGGCUUGGCUUGGGCUCCGGGCCUCUGCUUCUGCCCCCAUGGUGCCCACGCAGGGCCAAGUGUGGAGAUGCGGAGGGAAGCUAGCCCGCCCACCGCAGGCCCACACGAGGCAGCCUGGCCCUGCUUGGGGGAGGCCGGAGAGGCAGGGAAGUGAGCUGAGAGGGCGAGCCGCGUCCUGGGCACAGCGCCCUCAGGGCCGCCUUUCCGCUCCACCCCAUCUGCCGCCACCAGCACCCGGAGCGUCAGUGCUCCACUCCCUCGGGGCCCUCUGCCGUGCUGUGAGGUGGGCGUCACUGCUUGGUCCCAGGUGGACCAGGAGGCUGGAGCAGCACGGAACCUGCCUGGCCGCUGCCCUCCUUGCUGUGUGCCUGGAUCAGAGAGCUUGGGAGGUCCAAGCACAUGCUGCCGACGCUAGCCUGUCCCCAUCUGUGCUGGUCCCCGCCGUCCCUCCGUCCAGACGCUGUGAUUCUGGCCUUAGCUCAGCACACGGCUGCACGGGGCACGCAGGGCACUCAGGGCUGACCCAGUGCCGUCCCGGCCUGGUCAGGCACCUCUGGUUUCGCUGGCCCGCAGCCUCUUCCCAUUUCUUAGCUGCUUCUCGCCAGUGAAGAGCAACCCGUGGUUCCCCUGGAUGGUGCAGACUACUGGGUCCCCUGACCGCUCUGGGCUGCAGCUUAUUCCUGCUGCCCAGGCCCCAGGCUCUGCUCAGAAACCUGGAGCCCGUGCCGGGUGGGAACACAGAAGCAUCGUGGCCUCGCUGUACUGCCACCCACGCUGUCCUCGGCAGCUGGGGCUGGGCACAGACUUCUCUGAGGGGCUUUCCUGCCUGCCAGCCUCCCCUCCGGGUGGCCCCCAAUGGAGGGCUUGGACAGGCAAGCCCAGGUGAAGCUCAGGGAGAGAAACAGAGAGAGAGAGGCAUCUCAUGGGCCACAUCCUGCCAUGGAUGAGUCUUAUUUGCUCUGCACAGUGCCUAAAAAAAUGUUUGAGCCAGUUGUUUUUGUUUUGUUUUUGAAACAGGGUUUCUCUAUGUAGUUCCGGCUGGCCUUGAACUCACUGUGUAGCCCAGGCUGGGCUCAACCUUGCGGCAACCCUCCUGCCUCAGCCUCUCAAGUGCUGGGAUCACAGGUGUGCACCACCGUGCCCACCAUUAGCCAGUUUUUUAAAGACUUCAUUUGGUUUUGUUUUUUAAAUCCCAAGAUCUCGAAGUUUUUACAGCAUAGGGUGUCCUGGCUACAGGCGGUGUUUCGGGGACCCCCCCGCAGCCUCCUGGGCUUCCUGAUUCGCCAGGCCUGGCACCUCCUUUCUCCUACACCGAGAGAGCCCUGGCUUUAGGCUCACUGUGUUGCUGCCGUGAAAUGAGUUUCUUUGUCAUGGGAGCAGCAGCAAGACGAUCAGCGGUGUCCGCCUCUUUUCGGGGCUGGGUUUGCACCCAAGGGGUCAGUCGGCCGGGCUUUACAGAGUGUCCGGCUGUGGGAUUGAAGGUGAGCAUUUGUGGGCCUGGCUGGUGGGCCCCGCCGUACCCGUGAUGAGGCUGCCUCAGGCAGCUGCAGAGCUGGUGCCCGCCUCUGACCUCUCGGGUCCCAAGGGCAUCCACGGCUGGUGCACCAGGGAUGAGCUGGUGUGGCCAGCAGCGUGGCAGAGCGGGGCCUUUUCAACAGCAGUGACCCUUGGAGCUGUGUCAGGGUUUCUGGGAAGCACAGGGAGGAGGGGAGGACGUGGUGUCGCAGGUCAGGCAGCAGGUGGAGGGCUGUGUUGGGGUCAGGAGCCUUGUUAUGCCAACACACACAGAGCCCUGAGGCUCCGGCCAGGAGAGGAGGCAGGAGGCGGCCUCUGCUGUGUAGACUGUCGCUUGUCCUCUCGUGGCCGUGGCUGGGGCGUCUGACUGAGCUAUCAGCGUGUCGGCCAAGGCCGUGUCCUGCAGCACGAUAUUCCCUGAGCUCACAGCAGUGCAUGCCCCAAGCUCCUGCACCCUGUCUCAGAGUACACAGCCCAUUUUACCCCCGUUUCCAGCUGAAGAAACCAGGGCAUGCCUCCUGCUGGCAGGGCACCUCGGGGCCCACGCCGUGUACACAGAUCACCUGGGCUCGAGGCGGGGAGGGGACCACGUGCUGCUGGGGUGGCAUGGGGAGCACAGAGCUCGGACACCAUCUGGCUGUAGCAGCUGGGGCCCCUGGCCUCCCCAGGGCAGCUGGACGGGCAGGGACAGCGCCGAGGGCUGAGAGGUGGGGCCGCUGCUCUGUGUGCCUCAGGACAGAGCUCAGGUCCUCGGGGGGACCCUGUCCCUUCUCCCAGGACCUGUCACCUGCUACCCCCUCGGAGACCCCAGCCCCCUUACCACCACUGCCCAGCUCUUCCGACUCACUCCGACUCCCCCUGGGCUCCAUCCCCGGCCUGGGUCCCCAUGGCAGGUCUGCAAGCCAGGGCUGGUCCUUUCCUUCCUGGCAUCCCCAGCACCUGUGACUGCUGUGGCCCUCGGAAUGGAGCCCCGCUCUGCCGAGAAGCUGAGACCCCAGGGCUUCCUGUCAUGCUGGGUGGCCACACAGGAGCCAAACUGGAUCUGCCGUGCUCCAAAGCCCUCCACAAGGCAGAGUGCAUGCACACGUGUGCACACACACACACAUGUGCACAGAGACGCCCCAUUUUGCCCAGUGGAGCUGAACUCUCCCUGGUCCCUGGGGGACCCCACCUACAUGGGGCGACCCUGAGGGCUCCCUCAGCCCCUUUGCCCCUAGGGGCCACCCUUCCCCCCGGGGCCAGGCAUGGGGACCCGAUCCUUGGUACUCAAUGCCUCAAAGGCCCCAGCUCUGCAGCCUGGGCAGUGGCCUGGUGGCCUCGCUGUUGGACGCUCCUGGUAGACACCCUGUCCUGCCCCCGCCUCUGCCCCAUCAGUGCCUCUGCCAGGAACCCUCAUUCAUCUCUCUCUGCCUGGCUGCCUCCUCCCACCCUGGGUCUCAGAGGGGAUGUUGCCUCCUGCCAAGGCCCCUCCUGGCCCUCUGAAGGUGGCCCAUGCACCCCGGCCACCCUGCCCUGCCACCCUGGGGCCCCGGCCUCCCGUGACUUGCUGCACCCCACUCCUCAGUGGCCCCAGAUGGUUAGAAACUCAGGUGCUCAUUUCUGGGCUUCUAGGCCGGGCCUCCUCUGGGAGCCAGGCAGGGGCGGCCGCCUCCAUCACCCUGGCUCACGGAUGAGUAACUGCAGGGUGAAGACAGCCGGAUGGUGGCAUCGGCCGACCCUCCCACCCCACCUGGCCCACCUGUCUCGCCUCCCGGGUUGUAGCUUGCUGCCUUUGCUGCUCACUGAGCAUUUGAUAUACGGCCCCCGGCACGUGCUAAGCCCCGACAGGCCUGGCUUCACUCAGACUCUGAGGGCCGUGGCUGGGCAGGCUGUGCGGGAUGGAGGCGCUCAGCUGAGAAGGCUGGCACCGUCACCCGGGAGGCCGUGGGCACCUCCCUGCGACCCCAGGUGGGAGGCUGCAGGGCCCAGGUGCCAGUGCUCAGGCAGCUCUCUGGGCUGGGCUCCGGUGCCCACACCGUUCACCCAGGCUGGCCCUGCCUGGCCUCGGGGCUGCGUGUCUGAGGGCAGAGGCUCCAUCCCAGGCGCCCUCUGCCCAUCGGGCAGCGGGGCCCUUGCUCUUGGCUGAGGGCGCAGAGAGGCUGGGGAGGGCUGGGCCUGGCUGCUCAGGCUGCUCCUCCCUGGGCCUGCAUCAGCCCUCUGGGCCUCAGUUUACCUCUUUGCGCAGCGGAGCCGUGUGCCAGCUAUUCCCCAGGUGCCUGAAGCUUGGGGAAGGCAAUGGCUUUGGGAGUGUUUCAUGGGCUGCGACCCGGGAAGGGGGGUGCUCACCACCCCCAGUCACACAAAUAUCCGCCCCUGGAGCCACGUGCUCCGAAUGGUCCCCAGGGUGCACACACUGACUCCUGUGUGUGAGCCCUGCCAGGAACUCACCAGCUCAGGACCCUGCUCCACUCCCUGCGGAGGAUACAGCCUGGAGCCGAGGCCCCAGCCCCCUCCUCUCCGUCAGGCCUGCCAUGCCCCGGGCCUCAGCCACGUCUGUCACACCCUCCCGACACGCAAGGUGGAGAGGUCACACACAUGCGCUCCGAACCUGGCCACCCUGCAGAGCUGGGCCUGGGCUCAGCUCCCCUGGAGGGCUGGGCCUGGGCAGCUCAGGAAGAAGUGGAGGCGGUGGAGGUGGGACGGUGGGCCAGGCCAGCUGGGCCGGGAGCACAGAGGCAUCCUGACCCUGAGCCCAAGUGACGCCCAGAGCAGUCCAAGGGAGCGCGCUGCACCCCAGCCGGCUCUGUACUCGGUGGACGAGCAGUACUCACCCAGCGUGCCCAGCAGGAAUGUGACGGCCAGCAGCGGGGACCCCAUGGGCACGGCCUGCUCCUGCUCGGCCUCGAGCUGCUGCCGAUGACAAAGCCACGCGAGUCCCUCGCUGUGCCAGGCGUCGUGAUGUCAAGAUCGCACGUGUGCGGGACACACACUAACCUCCCCCUGCUUCACUAGAGGCAACACCACUGGCCUGUGGGCCAGGACAGUGGCCCAGGUCACCUCGCAGGACCUGGAGGCCCCGAGGCUGGAAAUGCUGACUCCUCCCCGGCCCCAUGUCUGGUGGGUGGAAGGCUCGCACUCUGCCUUCGAUCCACCCCUCCCCUUUGCCAUCUCCCGGGGCCUGAGUGUGGACGUGUUGAUUGCCUGGAUUUGGCACUGUCUCCCUCCGCUGCCCGUGCUCUUCCGGCUGCUCCCAGUCCUCUGGCCAUGCCGAGGCCCAGCCCCAGGGGCGAGUCCGGUGCCUGUCCCUUGCCCAAGAAUGAAUCUAUCUUUUGACACCGUGCCCACGGCCCGUGGGAAAUAGCCAGCCUUUUGCCCACUGAGCACAUCAAUAAAAGCUGCUUUUCCCUUCGUUCCGGAAGCUGCCUGGACCCCUCUCAGUUGGUCCUGACCCCUUUGGCUCAAGCUGGAGCUGAGUGGCCGGGGCAGAGGACCCCGAAAGGCCUAGCCUGUGUGGUGACAUUCAGCUACAGUUGGUGUCAUUUCUGGGGUAACGGAUUUCUGGGGACUCUGCUAGGACGGGGAGCUGAGCCUGGCUGGGGCUGCUGGAUGCAGGGCUCUGGAGCCACUCGGCCCAGGCCUUUGGUGCACAGUCGCUGCAGCCUCCAUGUCCGGAGGUGUCCCUGUCCCAGCUCCUCCCCACCCCUUGCUUCUGUGUCCCCUUCUCUGGGCUCCUUUGCCCCAGCUGUUUGCACACAGGGAGCACAGACUCACCCAUGUGCCCUGGCUCCCUGAGUUUGCACACUCGCUCGGGGAUGAGUGGGGCUGUGCGGGACCUGGGAGCUUCUGAGCUCCCUGGCCGUUUCCUUCCGGGAUCCCUCAGGAGUCCCGUUGGAAACAGGCCGUGGGGGCCAGUCCCGCCUGGGAGGGAUUGGCCUCCCCAAGCGGGAAGGGGUGAAGUUCCCUAACUUCCGGGGACGUUAACAUUUCACCCGGGAGUUCCAAUUUGUGUCAGCGAGGACGCGGCUCCCUUUCUUCUGGUCCUCGCCAGGCCCCACUACUUCCCCCUUCUGCAGCCCAGCCCAGUCCCCCCAGCCCUCGGCCACCCUCCCUGUGUGCACGGGGGGACCUGUUCCCGGUGCAUCCCUGGGCCGUGUUCCACGAUAUGUGGUACCUGUGGGUCCAGUCCCCAAGAGGUCCCAUCUGGGGUCGCUGCAGGUAUCCAGGCACUCACGUGAAUUAAAACUUGGAGUGACCAGGUGACUUUUAGUUCACGUGGAUUAAAUCAGUCUUUGACAAGGGAGUUGGCUGAAAUGUGUUGGCAGGGAGAGAUGCCUUCCGGGAUUGUUGCUGUCCUGCCUGGGUUGCUGGCCAGUCAAGAUUGUAUUUGUCUCCGCUAGUAUUUAAAAUGUAAUGUUCGUUGUGCUUUGUGUUUCAAGGAUGGCAAUUUGACAUCGGUGUUUGACAAGAAAAUAACUUGAAAUGAUUAUAGCCAGGUGUGGAGGUGCACACCUGUAACCCUGGCACUCCAGGAGGCUGAGUCAGGAGGGUCACAAGUUUGAGCCCAGCCUGGGAGACUUAGCGACUUAGCCAGACCUGUCUCAGAAUAAAGAAUAAAAAAGCUGGCCGUGUAGCUCAGUGUGAAGGACUGGGUUCCGUCCCCAGGCCCACCCACAGAUUGUGCUUGUCUCAUAUCUCAGUUUGCGUAAUACAGGAAGAAUUGUGUAAAUAAAUUGUUUAACUAUAAAUGGGAGAAAUGCUUUAAAACAUGAGAGUCAUUUGUAAGUUAGUUGAAAUAUUAAAACAUCAGUUGAUAAAUAUAAAUCCUCAUACUCCUGGUUUCUUAAAUUCUAUAAAAAAGACACUAUAUUUGGGUCUAUUAAAUACAUUUUCAUAAUUGUUAGUAUAUAAAGAACAAUUCAAGGUUUCUCUCUUCCUAGGCUUUCACUACAAAGUAAAGUUACAAAGAGUUAAAAUUCUUUCCGUUUCCUGCCUCACAAGCAGAAGGACCCGAGUUCGAUCCUGGUACCAAAAAAAAAAAAAAAAAAAAGAGUUAAAAUUCUAAUUAAUAUGUGUAACCCAAUAUACUAAGGAUAUAAAGAAAUUAAGUUAUGUGUGUUGUUGAGAAAACUUUAAGAAAAGCAUAAAAUAUUUUUAUUUUAUUAGUGUUUUUAUUAUUUUGUUGUAGAAAAAGAGCAAUUUAAUCUAAAUUGAGGAAUUUUGUAAGGAUUGUUUCAAAAUUAUAAACUUAAGAAAAGAAACAAAGCAAAAAGUGAGCCAGUAAGCAGGAGAGCAAGGGAGAGGCAAAGGGAAUCACGGGACUAAGGACAUUUUUGGAUAAGAAAGGAUUUUGUGUGGUAAAAUGAAGAUUUUUUUUUUUGGUCCUCAAGCAAAAUGCCUGUUUUGUACCAAAAUGGAAAAAGAGAAAGAAGAGCUGCACCGGAGGUGAGAGCAGCCCCCGGGGCCGAGGGUCCCCAGCUAGGACAGAGCUCAGUCUCCGUGGCAGAGCUGGCUGUCAUGGUCUAAAAACUCGUUUAAAACAGUUUCUAAACUUCCAAUCUUAAUGCA